CUGCCAGUACUUCUCUGGCGUCCGACGGGGAGGGACGCACGCUCUCCGCUCUCGCUUCGUCUGACUUGUGUGUGUCCCGCGCUCGCCGAUUUCGUCGCCGUGUACCUUUCUGUGGGGAUUGGCUUAGGAAAAAUAGAUUAGAUUGGAAAAAUCUCCUCAGCAGCGACUCGAUCGGAAGUUUCGUCGCAUACUUUUGAGAUUAGUGUGUGAUUUGUGGCGUGUUUAUUUUCCCUUUUUUCUUCCAAAAUUCUGUAGUGGAGUUCCCGGCAAUACGCUGAGAGAGAGAGAGGAAGAGAGAGAGAAGAAGCAAUUCAAGAAACACAAAUAUUUUUUUUUCUUUCACUUCAAUGUUUUUUAAAACAAGAAAAUAAAAAAUAGUCACAAAAUGAGCGUGGAGGAGCUCUCUCGUUGCUGAAGUGUGUGGAGUGAGGUUCCCAUGUGUAAAAAGCCUAUAGUUGCCACACACACGUUCCUCAUCUACCUGCAUGUUGCCUGGCGUGCUGUCAGUGAAUUGUGAGGUUUCUAGACACGGGCUUCACACUGCAACCCGGAGGACAGAUUUCGGAAAACAGAAUUAGAUACGCGACCUCCAAAAAGGGGGAAAUGCUUGAGAGCCAGACGCGGGUACUCCUCCAGCAGAUGUGAAUGAAGCUGUGUUUUCUCCCUCCCCUUUUUUCCCGGAAUCAAAAUCAGUGUUGCUAUAACAGAGAAAAGUCUGAGAUAACGAUUUAAAAACAACAACAAACAAACCAACAAACCAGCAAACACGUGGCAAAUAUAACAACAAGAACCAACGACAAUAAAUCAAAAUACUCCGAACACAGUGACACCAAGAAUAAAAAAACGGAAGACCACUAAAACAAACAUUAAAUCAAAAGAAAAAAGAAAAAUCACCAACUCGCAGACGCAAGUUCGGCCUCACCGACUGACUGACUACCAGCCACCGCGAGGGAAGCCGAAAACCCGCCAGCAGCGACAACGGGCAAAACCGCUUCCAUUGAUAUCAUCUCAAAUUAAAGGAUAUGAUGUCCGUGCAGAGAAGAGCCCAGUGAAUUCAAAAUAUCAAGCGGAAAUCUACUCGGCUUUUUGCAACAUUCUGCGAUUCUUCAACAUCAAGAGAACCUUCCAAACCUUAGCUAACCAAGAUGGCUUCCUUCAAUGUUGCCAUCACCCUGUCACUCUUUCUGCUGGUCGCUUCGCCCAUCACCCUCGCCACGGGAAUCAAGGAACCGCCCCGCAGGACCAGCCAGAGGGACUCCGAGCAGAAGACUGUCACGGCAGGAGAUGACGUCAAGUUCUCGUGCCCAAUAGACGGGAUGCCCCCGCCCCUGUACGAGUGGGCCAAGGGAGGAGACCUGAUCACCGAGGAAGGGUGGGAGAGGGUGAAGCUGCAAGGACGCACCCUCAGGAUCAAAGAGGUGACCACGACUGACCAAGGGACCUACGUGUGCACCGCCAUCAACGGCUUCGGCAAGGAGACGUUCACCUUCCACCUCUUGGUUAUCGACCCGCUGUCGGCUUCCUCGUCGUCGUCCUCGGCUUUCCCAGGAGGAACCCCGCCAGAGUUCACGCAGCUCCUCCCCCCCCUGCCUGGCCACGUGGACAAGCCGGUGGGCCAUAACGUGAAGCUGAAGUGCCUGGCCAGCGGCGUCCCCGAGCCCACCAUCACGUGGUUCAAGGACGGUGUAGAACUCACAGACGAAGAACUAGGAGGAGAGUCGCGCCUGACGAAGCAUUACCUACACCUCCUGAACCUAAAGCCAAUGGACAGCGCCAUCUACACGUGCGCUGCGGCCAACUCUGUGGGUGCCGUGACUGCCAACUGGACGGUCAGGGUCAUAGGUCAAGCUCGCCCUCGAGAACCGGAAUUCAACCCCCAAGAUCCAGCUAACACUACCGUAGUCGAAGGCUCAGUGGCAACGUUCCAGUGUAGUGGUACGUCGGAGGUCGCCCCGCAUAUAAAGUGGCUUCGUCGACUGGAAGACGGCUCCUCCGACGGCAACUAUGUUCAUGAGAACCAGACCAUUACUUGGAAGGGUCAUCAAUAUGUUGUUCUCCAGGCAGCUCAAGUCCUCACUCCUGGUGAUGGGUCAUUCUAUACGAAGCUUGUGAUACCCAGAGCCUCAAUGCAAGAUGUUGGAUUUUAUGUUUGCACUGUGACAAACAGUUUUGGCUUAGACUACAGACAAGCAUAUCUCUCAGUGAUUACUGAGACUUCUGAAAGCAACAUGUUAAUGCUUGUAGUGGGUCUGGGCUGUGUGGCGGGAUUAAUUGUAGUCAUCGUAAUAGUGAUGACUGUGCGCCGGGUCCAGACCAGCAAGCCACCCCCGCCCCCAGGCCCAAGCGAAGGGGCCCUGUUGCCUCCGCCUCCCAUGAACCAGGGGAAGAUGCAGCCCCCACCGACACACCAUCCCCGCUAUGUGCCCCAGACAGCCAAGCACAACAGUCAGCAGGGAACUCCACAUGGACAUGCUGUAGGCCCAGAAGGACCUUUGCUGCAGUAUGCUGGGGGUGUGGUGCACCUUCCUCCUCAGUCUGCCAUGGCAGGAGGUGGCCAAGGGGCACAGCCAAUAAUUGUAUAUCAGGACCCAGCCACUGCUGCUUCUGUCUACAUUGCCCAGCGACCACAGGCACCUGCAGCAUCUGUGGGGAGACCUGAAUAUCAGUACCAACAUCUGGAUGUCAUAUGAUCACGAGACAGACUAGUGUAGUGGGGCAUGUUGGGAGUAUCUUAUGCUACAGGUUUUUCGUUAAACAUUGCUGGUCACUUUGAAAAUUUACUAAAUGUCAGAGGUCUGGUGACUUUUACUGUAUUUCAUUAAAAAAAAAACUGAUACAGUGACACAACCAGACUAUGUACUGUACUUUAGUAUCAUAUUCUGAACAUUUAACAAGAAUCUGUGAUAAAGAUGAAAGUUACAAUUUGUUCAACUUUUAUCAUGUCCUUGAAAGAUUUCAGAAUUUACAAAAGAAAUAGAGCUAACAAGCUAAAAAUAGUUUUUCCUUGUUGGUGUGAGUAGAGAACCAUUAUCUCUAGUCUGUCAUAAACAAUAAGAGUCCCUUGUAAAUAAUAUAUUAUUUUGUCAGAUGAUUGUGUUGUAGACUUACUGUGAAGGUUGGGAUGGAGAGUAACCCUACUUGAAAUCAAUGUUUUACAGCAUGCUACAGUUAGUUCAUUAUCAACCAUGUGUUUUUAGGCUUCUUUUCAUCCUAAUUUUUAUCCAUAUUUUGCCUCUUAAAUGUUAAUUCCUUGCAAACUUAGGAUGAAAAUGUCCCAAGCUAAUACAAAUUUAUUCACAUUGAGCAGUUCCACCUUAAUUGAAGAAAGUUGGAGUCUAGUCAGGCGCUGUCAUGUUUUCAUUUGUUUGAGAGUUUCCAAUCUGUACAGUACAUUAUAUAGGUAGAUGUUGAUGCAUUGCAGUGAAAUAGUUAAUUCCAGUUUAAAGUUCUUUUCUAUGUUAAUUUUUAAGGCAACUGUAGUUAUUUGAACUAUGGUAUUUUUUAUAUGUGCCAAAGGAGAUGCUAAUUAGGCUAUCACAUAGAGAAACAUGCUAAAAAGGAGGGAUAUCACAACCAGUUUUUUUCAUUCCUCUUUGCUGCUUUUUAUAACUCUUGGAAAUAGGAAAAAAGGUCUUAAUAUAGGUUGGUAUUAGUGCCUCAAAAUUUGUGGGAAUAUGUGAUAAUCUAUUUUGUUUAACAAUAUAAAUAUUUUUUUCUUUCUUUUUGGCAUAAUUUUCCUAUAAUGGAAAGGAUUAUGUUGCAUGAAAGAAUUCCUUGUGUUUUCUCCUUUAUAGUGAAAUAUAAAGUGUAAAAAAUAUAUAUAUUUUACUGUGGCCAUUUGGCUUUGUUAUAUGACACAGUUUUCCAGAACAUUUUUUUUAUAGAGUGAAGCCACAAAGGUUUUGUUCAUGUAAUAAUAAUAGUUGCAACUUUUGAGCCUGUGAUCAGAUGUGCUUCAGUAAUCUCAUUAUGCGACAGGAGAAUCAGGCUUAGGAAUUUGAUUUUCUCAGCUUAAGACAGAAGGCAUGCAGAGAAUGGUAACUGCAGGAAGCGGUAAUGGUGUCUUGUAAGAUAGAAAAAAAUUGCAAAGGUUAACUGAAGAAGGUAAGACAGCAUUCUAGUGCAGGCUUGUGCAUCUUGGAAAAAAAUAAGAUUGCACUGCUUUGCAUGGUGAUAGAAUCCCAGCUUCUUCAUGAAAGCUUUUUAUAUAAACAUUAAAGAUUUAGAGACCAUUGAACUGUGAAUAUAUUUACGGUCUUAUUACACACUACCUAUGUCUUAAGGAAGUGCAGCUAUGCUCCUUGUUUUAGAGAGAGAUAUUGUAUAUAAUUACAGUAUAGCAUGUUGUACCUGAGGAGAUCAAUCUGAAUACUCUACAUAUCUGGUAGUAACAGUGGUAAGCCCUUUGACAAGAGGUUGUAAAGUGAAGGCAAGGUUCAUUGUAACUGUUGACCUAUAAUGCAAGUAUCUGGGUCAGAUUGUCACUAUUAGGAGCUUCCAUUGCUUUGGCAUUGUGUCCAAACGUGCAAGUUUCAAGUUAUACAGUCAGUAUCAUCAUAGAUAUAAAAUGAUAUUUGUAAUGGCAAUGCUUUUGCUUUGUCACUGAAGUUGUUAAAUCAUUAAACUAUGCACUGGUUUCAAUCAGAGGUGAAGACAGUGGCAUGUGUUACUUUAAUUUGUUAUUUUCCUUUAUUUUCUGGAAUACAACCAAAUAGUUGAAACAUCACAAUUUGUUCAUUUUCUACCACUACAAAUAUUUAUAAGUGACACUAUCACUCCCUCCAGAUGUAUAAAUAGUAAAAAAAAAAAUAUAUGUAUAAAUCCUA